AUGAAUGAUUCACAGUCUUCGAUUUCACCACCACUUUCACCUUCACCGUGUUUUCUACUAGGUUCACCAGCACCGCCAUUCGCACCAUCGAUACCCUCACCACCAGCUUUAUAUUUAUCAUCGCCAAGUGGAGUAUACACAGGAUGUCCACCUUCGACUGGCAACACCCACCAACAGCAGUCUUCAACAGUGACCAUACAAUCGAAUCCACCCUCCGAUAUCCACACUGCCUCUAGCAUGGAGGCACCCAUCAUUCUCUUCGUUAUCCGCAUCGACUUUGUCGGCGGUCAGCAACCACCAGUCGGUCGUGUCCGGUGCCGUUUCGGCGGGAUCGCCAUUUUCGCUGAUCUCGCCCCUCACAUUCUCAAGCUCGUCGCUCCACCUCCAGCAGAAUCACCACCAACAAACUCAGGAGCUACCCACUCAAAUGAUGGUCGCUCACAUUCCCCUGAACAGUUCGCUCUCAUCGGUGCCACUACCACCAACCAUUUCGCAUAG